CUUAGACUACUACAUGUUUUCUAAAGAGCUCCCAGCAUCCUAUUAAUGCAGGAUGGAAGGAGGCCAACAAUGGGGGGCGGGGCCUCUUGCUGUUUGCCUGUAUCCUGGGAAGGAUGCAUUUCUUGGCCACAACUCCUGUGACAUCUCAAUGCUUAUUUGUUCUGGAUAAUGUCCCUCUUGAUACUGUGACUUAGGGAGAUCUCAGUUCAUACCAAAAGUCUGGCUCAUUUCUGGGGUGCCAGAGAUGGGUUGUGUCAUAAAGGCAGGCACUCACCACAAUCCCCAGUUGGGCAUGUCUAUUAAGAGGGUAGUGCAUUCCAUGCUGUAGAAAGGGAGAUGCUUGGCUUCUAUCCUCUGUGGGUGUGGCUUUGGGUCCUGUUCCGGGCUAGCUCUUUGUCUGCCUCCUGCAGAUGGAGGAGACAGGCCGCAUCCUCUGUAACUUGUGCAACGUGGUCCCUGGAGGGGUGGUGUGCUUCUUCCCUUCCUAUGAGUACCUGUGCCAGGUACAUGCGCAUUGGGACAAGACUGGCCUGCUGGCACGUUUGUCUGUCAAGAAAAAGCUAUUCCAAGAGCCCAAGAGAGCAAGCCAGGUGGAGCAGGUGCUGAUGGAAUAUUCCAAGUGCAUUACGUGUUGCAUUCAGGCAGGAAGCCAUCUGACAGGGGCCUUGCUGCUCUCUGUGGUUGGAGGGAAGAUGAGUGAAGGGAUCAACUUCUCUGAUGACCUGGGUCGGUGUGUGGUGAUGGUGGGGAUGCCCUACCCCAACCUUAAGUCUCCAGAGUUGCAAGAGAAGAUGGCCUACUUGGAUCAGACCCUUCCUAGAACACGAGGUCAGGCUCCCCCUGGGAAGUUGUUGGUGGAGAAUCUGUGUAUGAAGGCUGUAAACCAAUCCAUAGGCAGGGCCAUUAGGCACCAGAGAGACUUCGCCAGCAUUGUGCUCCUGGAUCAUCGCUAUGCCCGCCCUGCUGUCCUGGCGAAGCUGCCAGCCUGGAUCCGAGACCGUGUAGAGGUCAAAGCCACCUUUGGUCCUGCCUUUGCUGCUAUGCGGAAGUUUCAUCGAGAGAAGUCACACCCGAGUCUGGUGUAGGAUCCUCUUUUAUUCUCGCUGCUUGACUCGACCUUUGUGUUUGGCCUAAGAUGGUCAAUAGCAUUUGCAGACUGUGAAGUCUACACCAGCCUUCCAGAGGCAGUGGAUUCCAGUCUUGUGACUUACAUAGAAAAACCACCAGGACAAACCCAGUUCAUCCUGAAGGAACAUGACCUGGGGCACCUCAUUCCCUGAGAGCGAUUUUCCCCACAGCACCUAGCUCAAUUUAGCUUUCUCUUGGCUUCAGGAGGCUGUGUAAGCAGCAGCUCUCUGCUCUCUUGUGAGGCAAGACCCACCCUGCCAUCAUCCUGUGUAGAGACAGAAAGCUGUUCUUGGAAUCCAGUCUCAGCCUCAGAUGUCCCUAUUCAGGGCUCUCCUGUCCACAGAGGCUUCACAUUUAAGAUGUAUUGACUGGGUCUCCAAAAAAGGUGGAUCUCUCUGGCUUGGCUGCUGCUCCUUCCUCACGCCAGGGGACCUCUUUUCUUCAGCCAUCUGAGAAGAGACCAAUACCACCGCAACUACAAUGGCAUGGGCAGCAAUGCCAACAGAAUCAUAAGACUCCUCCAUGUGACUUUUUUAGAGUCCCUCUGAGUGAUACCAGGGCAUUUUUGGCUAUGGAGAAAUAUCCCUCCCUCUGCAAUAGUGACCCCAGGUAACUCUAUUUGGGACUCAAAAUGCUCCACUCUCUCAGACAUUCUGUCUUAUUGCUGAGACUACCAGGGCAGGAGGACAGACCAUGGUCUGCUGAGCCAUCUGCAUCUGGCAAGGCCACCCUUUCUCUACUAAAUAAAGGGCAUUGUUCAUAUGGA